GGCUGCGGAAGAUAGGUAGGUCAGUCGGUCGGUGGGGUCGGCCGGGUCGCACCGCUCGGGGUCCCGGCUGGCCUGGCCGCCCAACUCCUGCUGCUGCCGUGGGCCACCACCAUGCCGCAGUUCCAGACCUGGGAGGAAUUCAGUCGCGCGGCGGAGAAACUCUACCUCUCUGACCCCAUGAAGGCCCGUGUGGUUCUAAAAUAUAGGCAUUCUGAUGGGAGUUUGUGUAUGAAAGUAACAGAUGAUUUAGUUUGUUUGGUGUAUAGAACAGACCAAGCUCAAGAUGUAAAGAAGAUAGAAAAAUUCCACAGUCAACUAAUGAGGCUUAUGGUAGCCAAGGAAUCCCGCAGUGUUGCCAUGGAAACGGACUGAAUUGUUUGAAAUGAAGACUGCCAUGUUCUUAGGAAAUAAAUAUCUUUUUGAAUUUGAGAAAGUUCUGGGACAAAAAUACUUUAUGUAACUAAGUGAGCUAUUCAAAAGCCUAGAAAUGGCUUUUGGAGGAAAAAUGUUUACUCUAGAGAGCUAGGAAUGUAAAAGCUUUCCGUUAGAAAGCCUUUAUUUAUUUUUGGAACUAAAACAAGAAGAGCAUCUAUCUUGGAAACGUGUUGCAGAUUACCUAAUGUUGGGAAAAUUAUAAUUAUUUCUCAAAUUUGUAUUAGUUAUUUGAAAAUUAGAUAUCAAGAAAAGCCAGUUCUAUUAAAUUAGUUUUAUCUGAUUAGAGAAUUUAUUGUAGCCUCUUUUUUUGCUGGAUUAAUAUUUUUGGAGUAUAAAAUUUAUGCUGAUGAUGACCAACAAAUAUCAAACAGCAAUCAAAAUUAACUGUACAGCAGUUAUCUAUAAUAGUAUAAUCCAACUAUAUGUGAAAUUAUGAAGACAAGUAUGCUUUAAACCUUUCAAAUUUAAACUAUAUUUUUAAUAUAAGGGAUUCGUUGA